UCGAGGAUGAAAUUCAUUACUCCUCUUUUGAUCUCUUUGACAAUAUUUGGCGGCGUCUGUUUGGCUGCGUCUGCUGCUAACAACGGAACAUCAACUGCAUCCUGCACGCCAACCUAUAAAGGGAAAUUGCAUGUGACCGAUCUGUCAGAGCUGACAAAUACAGCUAAUGAAGAUCAACGCGGGUAUAGGGUUGAUGUGAUAUCUGGCGAAGAACAUGAUCAUAUCACAAAACAAUGGAGCAGAGGCGCAUCGGAUUUUAUUUUCGAAAAGUGUGUUUUGAAAGGCUGGAACUCAGGCUCAAAAGAAUAUGGCACACUCAAAGUUGACGAAUUUACCGUCACAAAUCACGUCGUUACUGCUGAAAAGCGAACCGAUCAACUUACACUCGAUGGUGAAACGUACACCGGUCACAUCUUACGUUUCCACACGAUUGGUACGCCGCAAAGCAAACGUCUUGACAAACAAUGGUUCGAAGCUAAGCAUCAAGAUGAUAAAGCUGGUGGAGCAUAUGUCACCUUGGAAUUGACCGGUAAUCCCAAUAACAAGAAUGCCGAUUACGACUUGCCAAAUGCGUUCUUUGGGACUUAUGACAAGAAUGGCCUUGACAGAGUACUCGUAACCAAGUCAAACACAAACUACAAACUUACAGUAUUCGACGUCAAGAAGCUUUAAGAGCAUGAACGAUCGCCUAACUCUAAAGCAAAGGAAAUCUGGAAACCUAAUGUAUUCUUCAUAUGAAC